UUCUACUUCAUGUUCAUGCUGACGAUCACGUUUUACUCUGUUAUGGCAUAGUAAUAAGACUCCUAGACAACCACAAGCCAUGUUGACACUCUGACUCUAUUAUCUUGGUCUCUCAUCUGACCUUUCAUAUAUUCGAAGACAUUGACAUUACUUUUUGUCUAGUCCUAGAGCUUUGUUUUUAAUAGUAGUUCAACUUCUUGCAGCAGGGAUAGACUAGUUCCUAACUAGUCGCCGCCUAGUCCUGUCGUCAUUAUUUUUUGUGGUUGACAAGCGUUCCGGAAAAUGAUCACCUGUAGAAGUUCCUGCAUGACCAUGAGUACGUAUGCCGUCUGCCUAGAACAAGUAUGAACCUUCAUAUUUUAUUGUAAAGACUUCUCUGUUCGCUUCUCUUCUCCGUUGGUUAUCUCUCUGUUCUCUCUGGCACUUAUCUCACGCUUAGCCCGUUAUUGUCUUCUGUCUAAUUUUAUCGCUGGGGUUCACGCGAUAUUCAUGUGGGCGCCUCGCACGCUAAUUGAGGAGGAUCCCCAGGCUUAGGGCUCUCUUGAAUUAUCUCUCAAAGCACUUCCACUUAAGUAAAAACAAACUUGUUAAGGUUGUUUUGAAGAAGUAUAUUGCUUUGCCUUGAUUAAUGAUCAAAGCACUUAAGUAAAAAAGUUAUCAAAGCACGUAAGCUGCGGUUACUUAGUUCUUCCCUCGUACUAAUUAUAAACCUUAGUUACAAGAACCAAGGAAGCGGGUGAAUGAAUUAGAAUUCCCUUCAUGAUCUAUCAAUAGGCUGCUCCGUCAUAAUUGCUUUUCCUCAAGAACACGGUGUCGUGGCCGUGAGUAGUUGCAAGGAACUGAGGCUGAGCUUAGAAAAAGAAGUAGUAGCAACUAGCGAGACGCACACAAGGGAAAGGAAGACCCUAAAAGAUCUUCUUUCGCACACGUGUGGGCACGACUACUGUGACACGGAAAGCACUAGCCCACUUCUCGAGGGCAGCCGGGGUCGCCACUGAUAUUUAUAAGUACUUGAAUGAGACUGAUACUGAACCUGAAGAUCAAGGGCAAACUAUAACUAAGAGGUCAAUACAACUUCUAAACUAUGGCGGCGAAACUGAAAUCGCAGGUAGGUGGAGGAGAGGAAAAAGGUGGAGUACGUAAAAUUACGGAACAAAAUGACCAACGAAGUUAGCACUCUAGAUUUUUUGGUUAGCCUGUGGAAGGUACCUGUGGAAGGUGAGUUAAUUGUUCCUAUCCUAUCCUAAUUAACAGUCCUAGUUUGUUCGUAGUACCAAAGUAACUAGUAGAUGAUGACUAGAUAUAGAUUCGCUUACCCUGUAGUGGAAGGUGAAUCAAUGCCUAUCUUACCCUAAUCGAAAAGUCGUACUAGUAGAUGUAGUUGUGAAGAUAUCCGUUCUAAUUUUCGCGCUCUGGAUGUAGUGAUGCUUUCUCGGCAGUUCGUCGAAGGUGAGGCGACGGGACCAAUUGUCGAGACGGGCAUUGAAGGAGAAGGAGAAGGGCACGAGACCGACUCGUUGAUGGAAACCGACUCUGCACCUUCGUCCGCCUCAAAUUCCCCUCAAGAUUUAGGCUUCAUGAACCGAUAUUUUUGUAAACGAUUCGAUAUUUGUGUUUUUGAAGUGUUGAAGACUUUGUUCGAAUUUGAAGAUUGCAUUUUCAGGCACUAGUAGGACUUGUAAUUGUAAAACCGACUGUGAAGAGCCUUGUCCUGAGUACAGCACCUACAAGUGAUGAUUGAAGCUUGUGAUCUUAGUAGUCACUCGAUGACGUGAGAUUUGCAGUUGUAAUUUUUGCCUUUCUAAGAGUCGACGGCGCAGAUGAAAACGACAACGCAAACACAGCUUCGAACGCCAGACGAAGGCGCGGUCAGGCGAUGUUAUGAUGACAUUUUCAUUUUGUAUAUAGGAAAGAAGCACUGUAAGUAAAGCAGCCGGUUAGUUUUCACCUCUACUAAAAUUCUAAGUUUAUCCCGUGCAACAAUAUAUAGGAAAGAAGGUGUAACAAGCAUGCCUGAGUCAUGAAGCAUGUAUGCCUAUGCUGGGUCGUAGUUUGUUUCCUCGUAGACAGAUAAUACUUUUAUGUUGGGAUGAUCCCAACAUAAAAGUAUUAUCACUCUACGAUCAGUCAACAUAAAAGUAUUAUCCGAUCAGUCACGUUCGCCAACAUAAUAUGUAGGGUUCUUAGAAGCACUUCACCAACCUACAUUCAUUUCCUCGUGCAGAGGUACGAGCAGAAAUUGCGAAAAUGUCUGAAGAGGCGCACCGCUUGGAGGAAGAUCAAGCGAUUGAGCGCAUGAAUGAGGCAUUGCGAUCGCGCCACGACGACGAUCUGGAUGACACCGCGCCACUGCUACAACCAAAGAAGAAAAUUAUGGAACCGCACCAGGGUAUAAGAUGACGGCACACUACUCACAUCUUCAACAUAGUACAACGUAGAAGAUGAUGGCGGGUAUAACAUGGGGAGGACGACACUAGAGUCGUAGUAUCUUAAGUAAUCGUUUUUACAUCACUGUCAUCUAUGAUUAUAGGUAAGUAGUCGUCCAUCUAGCUGUCACGUGAUGUAGAAACGAUUAAGCUGUGACGAGCACGUGAUGUAAUCGAUAGAUAAUAAAUAGAUCGUCAUCACAGGGUGUGGUAGCUUAAUCGCUUUUACAUCACUUUCAUCUACAAUUGUCGUCGUUAGAAGCUAAUACCACCCGCACCUCGUCUGUCAUCGUUGAAUGCUUUUCAUAUAGAUAUAUUAGAUGAAACUAACGAGUAGUUAUAUCGGCUUGUUUAUUAAUAUUUGCAUUCAUGAACAAUCGGUGCCGCGUAUACAAGAAAGUCGAUGGACGCUUCGUCGAAGUCGAUCAAGCAUGAGGGUGUCGUAUGUUCGAGCCUUCGUUGUGCAUUCGAGUGGGACACCGGUGGAGUCGAUGAGGUUUCAGCAGAGAGUGUACAUCAACGAACUCAUCUUCUGUACAAAAAUAUCAAGGUUUUUACUCACUAAAAUAGAAGUUGAAGUUGUACUACAACAAGACCGUCAACAAGAACAAGGAAUUUGAGUGGUUUCUUGCCUCUACUUCAACAUCUUCACAAUCAUAGCCACAGUGAUUCCGCAUGUUGUAAAGCGC